GUUUAAACUGUUAAAAAAAAUCAAAGCCUGGUAUCCAUAUACCAUAAUGUACGAAUAUGUGCUGUGAAAAAUUGAAACAAGCAAAGUUGUAGAUAAAAUUCCUUUGUGUUUUUGUUACUUUGUCGAUGAAAAUUCCAUGAUGAUGUUUGGAAGACCAAGAUGCAGAGAGUGGACGCCUCUAGCCACUCAACAGCUGCGUCUUAGAAGCCUAAUACAGAUUGUAGGCUACAACAUACGCCCACCAGAAGGCUGUAUGUCUCAGUGCAGUUACUACUUGACCCUGCACCAUACCACCAUGUCUGCUCCGUUUUAUACCAGUGAACGGAUUAGUUCACCUCACCCUAAGUGGAAGGAGAUUGAUUCAGAAAUCACCCAAAGGAUGUCAUCAACAAACAUAGUAAUAAGAAUAUGGUGUCAUAUUCUCCAUUCUUCAGAAGAAAAUUGCGAAAAAUCCCAAGAUACAAUCAUUCAAACUUGGGGAGUAUAUUUCAGUGGUCUUCGCUACAUCGGGGCUAAUUUAGCCUUAAAUUUUACCUCAGAUUGUUUCAAAAGCAAUACCCUAGUAUUCCAAAUGCUUGGAGGCUAUUUCUGUUCCUAUAAAAGUCUCAAACUAGACAUAAUUCCUACAGAAAAUGAAAUUGAACACAGUUCUCUAUCAUCUGAUUCUUCAGGAAAAACUAUAUCGAAAAACACUUUAGAGUCGAAAUUCAUUCAGCAUCAAAAAGUGAAAGAGUCGAGGUCGAUAUCGCCUAAUAAAAUUAAUAGGAAAUCUGAUAAAGAGUAUUCAAAAAGUCAUAGUCCUGUUGAAAGGGUAUUUAAGCAGAAUUUUCCGACUUUAAAAACAUCUACGAGUCUGAACAUUGCCCAUAGACAACGGGAUAAACGGGAAGAAAGUUUGGAAAGAAAAAGGGAUCCAAAUUAUAUAUAUGAACAUUCACCGGAAACAUUAGACGUUAUGUGUGGCGACAGACGUAGCGGUAUAUCGAGAACGACGUCUCAAGAAGAAUUGCAAGAAAACAUCGAUUUGAGCGAAACCGCAGAGAAUUACGAUUUGAGAAAUCAAUCGGAUGGUGCGCCAAAAUAUAGAUAUUUGGCUAUGAGUUUUCUGAAAUCGGAGAUUCGGCAUAGUUACAACGCUAGCAAAUUGCAGAAAUUACAUUUAUUGCAAUAUGCUAUUAAGAAGAAGCAAGAAGCGGUUCAACAGAUCAAAGAACGGAUAUACAAGAAAUCUGCCUUAGCCAACGAGUGGACACAAUCACAAGAAGACGAAAUUAAAUUAAAAUCCAAAAGUCGAUCUCAGAGGAAUCUCUUUUCUCCGGAAGAGGAGAUUCUGGACAUAGGAAAGUCAUCGUCCCAAAAUGACUUGAAUAAAAAUGGUAGAGUUAGAGAAGAAAGGCCUGCGGUAUCUAACGGGCCAAGAUUAACUCUAAAGUUAAAUGAUCUCCUAUCUUUUAAGGCAAAACCCUCCCCGUUCCAAAGAGCAGAACACGUAAGGCUGACCAAACAGCUGGAAAUAUUACGGUUCAAACGCAUCAUACUGUCAGACGAGACGGACAGGAAACUGGCUAACAUUAGAAGACUGAAAGUGAUACACGCUAAGUUAUUUGAGGAGAAUCAGGAUCUAGGUUUAGAACUCCUCCAAGAGUACCACACGCUAUCUCGUCGCAACGACGUAUUAAAAGAGACCAAACUGUCCUGUGGUGCUUUAAGAGAAUUGGCAGCCAGAUCGCAUCUUGCCUUGACCAAUAAAAGAACAGAACUAUUGCAGCAAUUGCAUCAGAUAUUUUAUAUUGAACAGAAAGACGCAUCAACUUGGACAAUAAUCAAUGUACCGUUACCGAUAUGUGGAGAUGAGAGUCCGAGGGUCCUGAAUCCCGUCAGCGACUCGGUAUCUGCUGGUUUCGUCGCUCAGGCCACGUGUUUAACGGCGGCAUUCUUGAGCCAACCAAUGCGGUAUAAAAUCACUUUGCUUGGCUCGGCCAGCAAGAUAUUGGAUAUUACUCCGGAUUUGCCUGACCCGAAUAUACCUCUCUUCGCGCGAGGUGGAGACUUAACCCUAUUCCGCUACGCAAUGUUUUUGCUCAACAAAUGCAUUGCACAACUUCUUUGGGGCCGAGGUCUGCCUGUUCAUGACAUGAGACCUACAUUACACAAUUUGCAGAAGCUGCUCAUUGCUCCAUCGAACUUAUCGGAUACUUCGAAACUGUUUGGUACAUAUCAUUGGUUAGACAACCAGUGUCCAAGAACGCAGUCGUUACGGAGUCUUGUAGCUUCAGAGAGGGGGAAACAUAACCGACAGUUCAAUAGAUUUAAGGACGCGGUGGACGGGCAGUCGCCAGCGUCUGCUAUGAACCUUCGAAGACACAGGCAUUCGAGGAGUGUCGGCAGUUAUCAUGAUGAUCAGGAUUCACCAGCCCUGGACGCAUCAACAACCUCAAUAAUGGGAAGCGAACCAAACAUAUACGACACAAAACUAACCACACAAACAACAGAUGUAACAAACCUAAAAACGCAUAUUUCUGAUUCAGAAAUAUCACGAAUCUCCGAAAAGCACGAUAAUCAAAACCGAAUCGUAUUCACAUUAGGCGAAGAUACAAAUUUACUCAACAUUGAAAGUCAAAAAUUAGUACGAAUAUCGAGUAAUAAUCAAGAUGAAAUUUGUACCACCUGUCUGGAUGACAAUGUUAAGAAAAUUUGUACAGAAAUUAACGAAUUUUGUACUACUAACAAAUCUGAAACACAGGAAGGGCUCGAUAUAGCGAAACAUAUAGAUGAAAGUAUAGAUAUAGCAAAAUAUAUGGAAAGGCGGAGUGAAAUAGACAAUGAGGACAUGUGCAAAAACUGUGAGGGUAACACAGAUGGUGUUUGUGACAUUGCUUGUGCCAAAAUUGUUACUGAUGUCAUUGUGAUACCUAGUGCAGAGGCUAUAUUGGAUACUGGGCAAACAGACACACUGACAGACGUACAGGAAAGAUCUUUACAGAAAACUGACAUAGACGCAAUAAUAAAAGAACAAAAUAAAGUAGAAAUAAAUGAACAGGAUUAAGACAAUAAUUUAUUUUUUGUAAGUGAAAUAAUAGAUAGAUUCGUGCACUAGCCAUGUUGCCAAUUUUGAAACUGACCUACACAAUAUACAGACGAAGGCUUCAAAUUUCCCCCCAGAAUUCCCCUUUUUUACAUUGGAGGUUAAUAAAAUGACGUCACAAAGUUGUCACCAUUGUUCCAUUUGUUAUCUUGUUAUAUAAUUCAGAGUUUGUUUUUAAACUUCUUAUAUUCUACUCAAAAGUUAUGUAGAGCAUAGCAAGCUAGUUACUUUGAACCGUUCGUAUGUCUGCGGCAUAGAGCUGACUUUAAAUAUAAAUAUAAGAUUGACAGAUAAGAUUGCUUUUCCUUCCACCCCACUUUUAUUGACAAUAAACAUAAACAUCGAGUAAUUCAUCACUACUAUAUCUGCCAUCCACUAACUAAAACGCGGCUAUGUGACAAAUGGUCAAGUAUCCGUUUUAGAUAGAAAAAGAGCACAAAAUUCUCUUUUAAAAUUAGUUAAAGUAUUCGAGUUAUCGAAACUUACCCUAACAAUGCAUAGGUGAAAUAUCAUUGAACAAUAUCGAUAUUCUAAAACUGGGUUUUCGUUUUUUAUGAUAUCUCAAAAAAUUAUUUUGUCACUUUUAGUUAGCGGAUACAUAUCCGUAUGUACAUACAAGUAUCAUUUUUUUUCACACAACUUGAAAUAUUAAUUACACACAUAUCAUCAAGCCUGUCUCCUACCGGAGCAGGCAGAUACUAUGGGUCUCCUACUACGCUUCUGGCAAACCCCCUUCUCCUCCUCUACUCCAUCAGUCUUUUUUUAUGAUAUCAAGUGACGGGACAAACAAGUCGUGGGCCUGGUGGUAAGCGACAGGCCUUUCGAUAACAGUUGCAGUGCCAUUUACGAGCUUUAAAUCGCAAAGAUCUGACGGGCACU